AUGUCAUACAUUCAUCGGCUAGGUCAAGUUGUCGUGGAUCACAUUACGCAGAGCAGCAGUCUAUCGCGCUGUUUUGCUGUGGUCGGCAUCGACAGCUUUGGCCUCAGCGCACAAGCUCUGGUCCCUGCUGUCCGCUUCUGGCACACAAGAAGCUGGUUGGAGCUCAGGAUGAGCCGAAACAUCGUGUUAGUUGAAGCAAUGGGUCGUGGCAAAGUUUGCUACACAAACAAGCAAGCAAUCUGA